GUGAAGAUGUUCUGAGCUGAAGCGCUCCCAGGUACAAUUUCCCCCACUUGUGGGCGUCGGCCGGAGUUGCGGUUCCACUUCCUCCUCGCCAGGGGCUCCUCACUUUGCUCUCGCCGUUGCUGACGUCGCCGCUCCCAGCCGACCCCCGCCCCUUGCCGGAGCCCCGCUCUCGCUUUUAUCCCCACCCCCAGGUCCGCCCUGCUAGUCCAAAGCGGCUGGGAGACGAUUUGUUAGGGAACAGCGCGAGGCGAUCACCUGCGAAGGGACGCGUCCGGCACGCGGGGCUGCUAAUCAAGAAACCAGUAUACAAAGAUCCAUGGAACCCCAGGCAGAUAAAUCUGCACCUCUCCCACCACCUCCUGGGUACCCUGGUUCUGCAUACCCUGCAGCACAGCCGCCUUAUGGAUACCCUCAGUACCCCCCUGGGCCUGGUCAGUAUGCCCCAGGGCCUGGCCAAUAUCCCCCUGGUUUUCCAGGUGCUCCAGGACAGCAACCCUACGCAUUCCAGCCUGUUCAGCAAGCUUAUGGUGUCCCCCAAGCUGUAGGCCAACCUAAUGGACCUCCUGGUGCUAUGUGGAUGCCAGCACCACCUUCCGUUCCCAAUUGCCCUCCUGGAUUGGAAUAUUUAAGCCAGAUUGAUCAGAUAUUAAUUCAUCAGCAGAUUGAGCUCCUGGAAAUACUCACGGGCUUUGAAACAGCCAACAAAUAUGAAAUAAAAAACGCAAUGGGGCAAAGGGUGUACUUUGCAGCCGAAGAAAAUGACUGCUGUACGCUGAACUGCUGCGGACCCUCCCGGCCAUUUACAAUGAAAAUCCUUGACAACGUGGGUCAGGAAGUCAUCGAGCUCAGGCGACCUCUCAGGUGCUCCAGUUGUUGCUAUCCUUGCUGUUUGCAAGAGCUGGAGGUUCAUGCCCCACCAGGCACACCGAUUGGUUAUAUUAAACAGCUCUGGGAUCCCUGUCUACCUAAAUUUGCUAUCCAAAAUGAAGCCCAAGAAGAAAUACUGAGAGUCGUCGGGCCCUGCAUAGUAUGCAGCUGCUGUGAAGAUAUUAACUUUGAGGUCAAGUCAAGAGAUGAGAAAAACAUUGUCGGAAGAAUUUCCAAGCAGUGGACUGGCUUUGUGAGGGAGGCCUUUACAGAUGCAGACAACUUUGGAGUCCAGUUCCCACAAGACCUCGAUGUUAAAAUGAAAGCCGUCAUGAUUGGGGCUUGCUUCCUCAUAGAUUACAUGUUUUUUGAACACACCGGACAAAAUCGGCAGCAGCGAGCUGGGGUCUGGUAGCAGAGCUGACUUCUGGAUUAUAAAUACACCUGAGAAAGCCCUCGUGUCACUUCUAGUCUUGCCUCGCUAUCAGUGUCAAGCCUGCUUUGAAGGAUUCCCCCACACAUUAAAACUACUUAUUUUUGUAUUGUGAUUUCAGCUUUCACAUCUGUGUUGGAAUAGUCCCAUUUAUUAGAAGCUGCUCAAUUCUUGAAAUAUGUACUGAUUUUAUUUUUUUAGUUUUUGAUAUAUAUAUAUAUAGUAUAGUAUACUUUUGGCACGAGAUGCUUCCUUGUGCAUGUGCCAGUGCGCAGAGAGUAAACUGCAUUUUGUGUGAGAAAAGGGGCAGUUUCUGUAACUUGUGGCUUUUAAGGCAGGGAUUCCUAUCUGUUCUUUGUAUGCAGAGCUAAUAUACCGCUAAACGUUUGUUUUGUUUUGAGCCAAUAAUAUUGGACUGCAACUCCCAUCAUCCCUGACCAUUGGUCAUGCUGACUGGUGCUGUUGGGAGUUGAGAAUCCACAACAUCUGAAGAGUCUCAAUCCCUUCCCUAGUAACUAAAGAGCUGAUGCCAUACUUCCCAAGUGCCUGGGGUUUUCCCUGCUGCUGUUCUGUGUUCCCAGUGCAAAUGUAAAUAAAUUAUGUAUUGCUUCUACAAUCCCCAGUCCAACAUCGGGACUCACGAACCUGCAUCUGGAAAUUUAGAUGCAGUACCCACAAAGGCUGAUCGCCGAAGAAUUGAUCCUUUUGAAUUAUCCAUAUUUGUCCUUUAAUCAGAAUGUUUAUUGUAAAGGCUGCUGAUGCACAUUUUUAAAAAUGGUAUUUAAAAAUAGUGCUUUUGAAUUAUGGUGCUGGAGGAGACUCUUGAGAGUCCCACAGACUGCAAGAAGAUCAAACCUAUCCAUUCUUAAGGAAAUCAGCCCUGAUUGCUCACUGGAAGGACAGAUCGUGAAGCUGAGGCUCCAAUACUUCGGCCACCUCAUGAGAAGAGAAGAAUCCUUGGAAAAGACCUUGAUGUUCGGAAAGAUGGAGGGCACUAGGAGAAGGGGACGACAGAGGACGAGACGGUUGGACAGUGUUCUCGAAGCUACGAACAUGAGUUUAACCAAACUGCGGGAGGCAGUGGAAGACAGGAGUGCCUGGCGUGCUAUGGUCCAUGGGGUCACGAAGAGUCGGACACAACUAAACGACUAAACAACAACAACAACCCACAAACCAGUGCCUGGAACUUAAACACAUGCCUUGCUUCCACAACUUGUGUAUUUGCUGUAGAAAACACCAGAGCAUUCACUCAGCAAUCCUAACACAUAGUGCUGCCAACAUGAGUUGCUGAGGGAAAUGGGGACAUGAAAGAAAGAUGCAUUCACCAAUUAGAGAGUGCUAUUUAACCAAGUCACACUUGGAACAGACCCAACAAAAUCAUUGACCUUAUGUUAUGACACUGGUUGAAUAUCACUCAGAAUGUAUGUAAGAAACUAUUAAGUGGUCCAAUGUUUUGGGGGUAGCAAAUAGCUCCUUCCAGAAGCAAACUCUUGCUAUGUUAUGGUGCCUAUAUAGCCAAAGAGGGGCUACGAAAGAAGAGAGGGAGAUAUUAAAGGUUUGCAGAUCUAGGAGGGGGGAAAAAUCACGAGGGGGGCGGAAUACCUUAAGAGAACAAACCCCGCCCCGUCUGUUUGUUUGUUUGUUUGUUUAAAAAAGCACUAUGCUCCAUAGUCCGAAAAUGCCAAGUGCCUGUAUUGGGGUAAGAGGCAAAACACUCCGCACUGCAACAAUUGGUUGUAAAUUGUACCUCACACAGAAGUAGAUGAUGCUGUUGUAUUUUUGACUGAAUUUCGAAGAUAAAAAAUAUAUGUGUAUGCCUUUAUAUGUAUGUGUGAAAAAGUAAACUAUAAAGGCACAUAAAAAAGAA